AUGUGCAAGCUACAGGGUACAGUGGUGCAAUGCAGUUACAAAAGCUAUAAACUAAAGCUAUAUUCGCCUACUGGGAAGACGAAGGAAAACUUGGAAGAGUUAACAGCUCUGAACAACAACUUGAGGGUUUCCUGUGAAGUCUUGGAGAAAGAAAACGAUAUGGCUGCAAGGAAAACUAAGCGACUGCGUGGUGAAGUAUUUCAUUUAAAGAGCUGCAGAGUAGCCCAUGCUGAACAAAUGAAUGCGGGAAGCCAUAAUGCAAAAGAGAAAGGCGACGUAGUUACUCCCCCUAAGAAUAAUAUAUUCAUCUUGGGUGAUGGUUUGGCGAAAGGUUUCAGGGAUAUUGUGGAGCGAUAAUCAGAAACAGAGCGUAAUCAGUCUAAUAGGCAAAUUCAUGGGAAUUUUCCGCCUGAAGUCCCUUCAUCAAACGGACAGACAGACAAGCCGGAAUCUGAAAAAGCAGAUAAUCAAGGUACAUUAGAAGAAGAAGAAGAUAUUUUAGAAAAUCAAACAGGAUACAGUAGCGACGACAGUAUUGCGGAUAGAGACUAUGUUCCGGACAAGGAACCUCCAGAUUCCGAUGGUUCCAGUGAUGAUAAUAUUCCAUUGCUGGUAGUGAAAAGAAAAAUACCUACUGGAAGUGAUGAGAUGAAGGAACAAAACAAGCGAAGGAAUGCAAACAAGGAUCAAGACAAACAACCUGAAAGAAAACGAUUAGUAGAUGGACCUUAUACAAGAAAAAAAAGGAAAGAAAGAAUAGAAAAUAAAAACACCGGGCAAUCCUAUGUCACAGCAAAAGGCAAGGAAGUUCGAAAGAGAGAAAUGAAAAAUUUGCCAAUCUGUAGAACAAAAUGUCGUGAAAGACUGGUAGAAGAUGUAAGACAGGGCAUUUUCAACGAAUACUGGGGUCUUGGAACUAGAGACAAAAGGGUAACCUAUAUUGCUGAUCAUUCAGAAACAAAAGAAACAGCUUUCAAAAGAAAACGCACUGACGAUCCGGCUAAGUCAAGAAAUCGUCAAGUGAGCCAUUCAUUUCAUUUUAAAAUAAAUGGUGAAACAGUUAAAGUAUGCCGAGGUUGUUUUAUGAAAAUACUAGAUGAAACACAGAUGUUUAUUACCCUUGCACUUGACAAUUCUCGACUAUCAUUAUCUGGAAUUGUUCAACCUGACAAAAGAGGUCGCCAUGAACCAAAAAAUAAACACAGUCAAAAGAUAAUUCAAGAAGCAAUUGACCACAUCAAAUCAUUUCCCGCGCACCAAUCCCACUAUACUAGAAGAACAAACGACAAAAAAUAUUUGGCUCCUUAUUUGACCCUUCAAAAGAUGUAUGAACUAUAUUGUGAAAAUAGAAAGGAAAAAGUCUCCAGACGCAUUUACGAGAAAGAAUUUCAUAAACUAAAGCUGGCCUUUAAGAAACCGAAAGUCGACACAUGUCACAAAUGCGACAUACUACAGAUGAGACUAAAAGUAGCUGAAGAAAACGAAAACGAAACUAUACAAACCGAAAUAGAUGUUCACCUUAUUGAAGCAGACAACGUUUAUAAGCAAAAGGAUACUGACAAGACAUUUGCAAAACAGAAUGAAUGCACAAAAUGUUAUUCCUUCGACUUACAACAAUGCCUCCCCACACCGUUUGUUAAUUCAGGCGUUGCUUUUUAUAAAAGACAGCUAUGGACAUACAAUCUCACUCUUCAUGAUAUGGGAAAUGGAGCUGUCACUUGUUUUAUGUGGCACGAAGGGGAAGGCGGACGCGGCGGUAAUCAAAUUGCAACUUGUCUUUUUCUGCAAAUAUUGUCUUUGCCAGAAAAUAUUAAAAAUGUUAUCCUAUACUCAGACACAUGUGGCGGACAAAAUAAAAAUUCGCAUGUCGCUGGUAUGUUCCUAACUGUUAUGCAACGUAAAAAGACUUUGGAAACGAUCGAUCACAAAUUUAUGGUUAGUGGCCAUAGCCAUAUGGAGUGUGACGUGGACCACGCUCUAAUAGAAAAACAGAAAAAAAAGUUGGGAACUGAAAUUUCUCAUCCUCAUGAUUGGUACCAACUUGUGAGGAGUGUCGGCAAAAAGCAAAAGUUUUCAGUCAAAGAAUUAACGCACGAAGCAUUUUUAAACUUUGCCGAUUUGUACAAAAGUCAGUUGGUAUUGCGAAAAAAAGAUUCUUCUGGAGAUUCCUUCAAAUGGCAUGAUGUUCAAUGGCUUCGGUAUACUAGAGAACCUGGCAAAAUAUUUUUUAAGAAAAGCUUAACUGAUGAAGGAAAUUUUGCAGAGAUUUGUUUUGCUAGACGUGGAAAGGGCGAAACAUUAUUGUCACCUAAAAAGUGUUAUUCACAGAAGCCUCCAAUAUCUAAAGAAAAGAAAACUGAUUUAAUACAGCUACUGCCUCUAAAAUCUCCUGCUUUUAGACAGUUUUACCUUGAUUUGCCCACAAGUGGUGACAUACAAGACACAUAUCCAGAUGUUGAGGAGUUCGAUGAUGAUGAAACUUAA